AUUUAAAGUAUGAAUAAAGAUUAAAAACCUUAAAAGCCAUUACCUAAAUCAGACAUGGAAGUUCUAAAAUAAUACCAUCAAUUUGUUAGAGAUGACGAAGAAGAUAUUGAUCCAAAGUUAAGUACAAACGAUGACUAUGGCAGGAUGAUUGCAAGAAAAUAUUAUGAUAAACUCUAUAAGGAAUACGCUAUCAUUGAUUUAUCACAGUAUAAAACUGGAAAGUAUGUAAAUAUAAUAAUUGCUAGGAUUGGGAUGAGAUGGAGGACUGAACCAGAAGUAAUGAAUGGCAAGGGAGAAACAAUUUGUGGGAACAAAGUAUGCACAAAAGACAAGGAAUUAAGUACCUGGGAAUUGAAUUUUCAAUAUAAAGAAAAUUAAGAAGUAAAGAAUACUCUAGUCAAAGUGAAGUGUUGUCAUAGUUGCAGUCAAUAAUUGAAUUACAAAGUAUUUAAUUAUUUGUGUGCUUUUUAAAUAGAAACUUCACAAAUAGGUAAAAGAGUACUCAGAGGAAGAGAUUAGGCAUUUGUUGGCGAAGUUAGAAGAGAAAAAGAAGAAACUAAAACAAGAAGAAGAUUCUUGAAUAUUAAAAUUAUUAAUUAAAUUAUUAUGCAAUCUAAUUACAAAAUUGAAGGUCGUAAGAGCCCAAAAACGAUCGUAGGACUAGAGUAGAAAAUCAACCAAUAUUUUUCCAACAAAAUCCAAGAAAAAUAAAUAGUAGCUGAUAUAAUAUCUCGGCCUUAGUUAGAAGAAAUAAUUCCAUGUAGUAUAAAAGUGAAUAUCAGUUAGUGAA